AUAUAAGUCCCACUUACUGGCUAACAGUCAUUCACAGUUCAGCCGUUCUCCAACAAACCUUAUAUUUAUUUUCCAGACAAAACGUUUCAGGGACAAAUUAAAAAUGAAGAUUGUAAUUUUAUUACUUUCUGUUGUUGCAACAAUAAAUUGUGAUCAAUUUAAAACUGUAUUUUCAUGGAAACAAGUUGAUUAUGAUUUUUUAAAUGAUUCAAUGCGUGAAUCUUAUAAAUCAUCUGGUAAUUUUAUACAAGAAAAUAAUGUUCCACUUGGUUUAAAUGUUUGGGAAGAUAAGCUAUUUAUAACAGUACCAAGAUGGAAGAAAGGAGUACCAGCAAAUUUAAAUUACAUUAGUCUUUCAAAAUCAGCAAAUAAUACAUCACCACUUUUAACUCCAUAUCCUGAUUGGGAAAGUAACGAUAUUAAUUCACCAGAUGGAAUUGUUAAUAUUUUAAGAGUAAGAAUUGAUGCUUGUGAUCGUCUUUGGGCUGUUGACAGUGGUGUUGAUGAUAUACUAGGUGAAUUUAAUCAAGUUAAACCAAAACGACUUAUUGCCAUUGAUUUAAAAACCAACAAGAUAAUUUUGAAGUAUACAUUCAAGGAUAGUGACAUUCAACCAAGGACAUUUUUUGCAGACACAGUUAUUGACGUUGAUCCUUCAAAAUGUGAUGAUGCUUAUGUUUACAAUUCUGACCUUGGUGCUUAUGGUCUUGUUGUUUAUAGCAUGGCAAAAAAUGAAUCUUGGAGAAUAAAUCAUAAUUAUUUUAAUUUUGAUCCUCUAAAUGGUAAUUUUAAUGUUAGUGGAUUUACUUUCCAAUGGACUGAUGGUAUUUUUGGACUUGCAUUGAGUUCACCAAAAGAAGAUUCAUCAAAAACACUUUACUUUCAUUCAAUGGCUGGUGUUAAUGAAUUUUCAGUUUCAACAAAUCUCAUUAAAAAUCAAACAGCUUUAGCUGAACGUGAUUCAUGGAGACAAUUUCAUGUUGUUGGUAAUAAAGGACCAAAUACACAAGGUACAUCAUCAAUGAUGGAUCUUGAAACUGGCAUUAUUUAUUUUACACAAGUCAAUAAAAAUGCUGUUGCUUGUUGGGACACUAAACUUGAUCUCAAUGCUGAUACAUUCAAAACUGUUGCACAGGAUGAUGAAAAAUUAGUAUUUCCAAAUGACAUUGUCAUUGAGCCAAAAUCCAGAAAAUUCUAUUGUCUUUCAGAUAAUUUGCCAUUGUUGCAUUUUGGCAAAUAUAAUCCAGAUAUUUUCAACUUCUAUGUACAUGUUUCUUCACUUGAUGAUUUAACUACCACUUGCAGAGCUAAAUAAUAAAUAAAACAAAAAUUAAUUAAAAUACGCUCAAAGAGAAGAAAAAAAUAAGGAUUUUAAUCUUGAUGUUAAUUAUAUCAUAUGUUGUUUGUAUGUUUCUUUAUUUAAACUUGCAUUUUUAGUAAAUUGCAUGUUGAUAUUUAGAGACACACAAACAGCAAUGUAUUUUAUUGUAUAACUUGACAUACUAUGUAUUUUUUUUUGUUCUUGUUUUAUGUGGUUACUUAAGGGUUUGUUUAUUUAUAAAAAAUUAAAAAAAUUAAAAAAAAAAAUUGACUUUA